UACAUUUAUUUUAACAACGACCAACAUAUAUCAAGCCAAGAUGGCGGAAACAACGAAAGGUUUGCUCAUUUAAUUUCUGAAAUCAAUCAGCAUAAUCUGAUACAUAAUUUGAAAAUAUUUUGGUAGUUUUCGUUAUUUAUUGUUUAACACAGACACCGGGUCCAUUUUCAAAAUUAUUCUUAAAUAAUCAAAGUGUAAUUGCCGUCAGUUUCUCUGACUUCUGUUACUGAAGUCAAGUAAAUGGCGACAAUCGCCUGACUCUAGGACCUAGACCUAGGCCUAGUCGAUUUGCUCCCUUACACUCCCUCCUCUUAUAUGUCUUGGAUUAAGCCUACCAGACCUUGUUGACGUUAGAAACAUUCUUGUCACGAAUCUAGACUAGAAAAUAAAAAUAAAUUUGGGGAAAUUCAAUCGGUAAAUGUGAAGAGAUAGCUCCGCGUUUUUUUACCAUGGCGAACUUAUGUCCUAAAUUUAUCCUUACACCUAACCUAAACCCUUAAUCUAUCCCUAAACCUAACCUGAACCCUAAACUUAUCCCUAACCUGGGUUUUGACCCUAUCGGAACCAGUGUUUUGACGCUAUUGGAACCAGGGACAAAACACCCAAAUGAUGUCAGGGUCAGGGUGCUAUCUCUUCACAUUAGCCAGUCAAUCCAUCUACUAACUACACUACAAAAACAACAUGAGAUUGAGAUGCUUACAUGAAGUAGCUACCGACCUAAUUUUUUUUAAAAUAAUAAAGAUUUUUAAAAAUAUAAAAAUAUUACAGUUCUAUAAAUCAAAUUUGGUAAGUGCAAAGAAUGGAUGCCAUGUUUUUCCCCAUGGCCGCCAUCUUGGUUGACAUGACCAAUGUAAAAAAAAUGAUACUGGAAUAAACUUUCUAGUUUUAGUUUUAGUUUAGUUCUUUCUCAGCUAUGAAUUUUUCAAAGUCCAAUUUCAUUUGUAAUUUUUUAUGAACGUGUUGGACUGCACCUCCACACUUUGUAACCUAAUUCCGCUGAUUGUGUCAUGCGCUAUAACUCUUGUUUUAAAGAUAAUUUUAUUCAGCUUUUAUUUUCAUGAGUUUAAGAUGUUCAUUAUAUAUUUAUUUUUAUAGUAAGGCAAUGCGUCCCCCUAAAACAUAUAUUGGUUAGGGACUACUUACUUUCAACUUCUGCACAUUACUAAUUAAUUAAAGCUUUCAGUGACCAAUGGUUUAAUAGUUUUUGCUCAUGGAAAUCUCUUAAUAAAACUUAAGUAGUAUAGCCACAUGGAAGUGACUGUGAAUGGUUGCCCUCGACAAAGUUUUCAUGCCACAAAGUAUGAUAAUUUAUCAUAUGGACUCUACCUGGGUUUUAAACCUAUAAUUAGAAUCUUAUUGUUUAAAUGCCUGCUAAGUUCAUUCUAAAAAACUAGUAAUCAAAUGUUUUGAUGUAAAAAUUAGUAAUAAAUAGUGGCAUCUUCCCCAUUUAAAAGGUCAAAUUGACUUUGGACUGUGUUCUUAUCAUAAUGCAGGUUACCGGGACAAGCAUAACAGAAGUCAGACGUGACAUACAUUAAUGAGAUUCGGCACACAUUUACAUCAAUAAUAUGAUGCUUUUUAAUAUUUAAUGUGAAUGAAAGACAGUGUCAUUUAAUUGGUUCAAAAAUUUUUGAGGGAAAGAUCCUUAUAUAUACCAAGGAAUUUCCAUAAUUAUGGUCAAUUGAAAAGGCAAAACAGUUCAAUUGAAUAUGUCCAUAUUGUAGACCUGUGGAAAGAUACCACAAUUUUAUGAAAAAAUAGUCAUUUCUUUAAUGAAAAUCACGGAUGUCCAAAAAUUUAAAAUUGGAUUCCUCUGUCCCGAUGUCCAUUUAAUUAACCAUACCCAUUUGAAGUAAUCUCCCUUGCUUUACUGAAGUGCUUAGGCGAAACAUUUACCCCAUCUCAGCCUUGCUUGAAAAAUAAUAUUAACAAUAAUAUAAAGUAAUAAACUUAAAGAUCAUUUAAAUAUCACACUCAAAAGGAUUGGUAACCUAGUUUACUAAUACAUUUUUUUUAAAUUAAUUGCGCCAACUGUUUUUUGUUCUUUUUUUAACCCAACAAGUUACUCCAUGAAACAUGCCAUUUUUAUAUUUACCAUUUUUAAAAAGAGGUUACCUCAUUUUGAUAAAAUUUGUAUCUUUUAUAUAUAUAUAUAUAUAUAGUCAAUUGAUAUAUAUUUUGAGUGUGCAUUAUUAUCCUAGUUUCAUUAACCAAUAUGAAACACAAUUGAAAAAUCUGCAUAGUAAACUUCAUACCCUGGUUAUGUUAUAAAUCAAUCUGUUCUAAUACUCACUAUACUGCUUAGACAUUUUUUCAAGUUUAACAAUUGAGACAUGGAUUUUUUAGUUUAGACUCUUUAGUUUUCAAAGUUGCCUCUCUGUUGUAAAUUGCUUUUAAAUGGCAUCAAGUUGUCAUUAGCCAUACUCUUCAAUGAAUUUCAUUUUCCUGGUGAGACCUAUUGAUCAAGGAGUUCUAAACACUGAAGUGGAAAAGGGAUUCUUGAUCCAACAUUAUGUUCACUCUGCUAUUCUUUUGUUUCUUCUUUCGGUACGACUUGUAGUCUCAAAUCCCCCAGUAUUUCACAUUACCCAGGAGCAGACUCAGUGUCAGGCCCAGAUGGGGAUGUCAAGAGUCCUUCAACUGGAAAGCGCCGUUCUACAGAGUCAACAGAUGAAUCGGCACCACCAAAGAAAAUUAGUAUGUCUUUAGGAUCAAAACCAAAGGCAACACUCAAUCAGAAAAUCAGCUUUAAUUUGGGAUCACCUAGUUUGACCAAGUCUACUCCAAAACCUACAAAGACCUUGGUUGCUCCUAUUAAAAUGUCUCUAAAUCCUGCACAGGUAUUAUGUGUAUUGUUUUAUUACAUGAUGUUAACCCAGUCCUUGAUAAUCAGCUUUUCAUGUAAACCCUCCCAUCUAUUAACCGGAGGGACAUAACCUAAAAAAAUGAAAAAGUUAUUGUUUUAUCUUUAUUUAAAUAUAAAAAUGAAUGAAGAGUUAAAAACUGUUAUAAGAACGUUUUAUAUAGAAUAAAAUUAUAUUUGAAAUUGAACUUAAGUAUUUUCACAAGUUCACUUCCAUGAUCAUGUUUAGCAUCGGCAUCAAUAUCAUUGUACUGGUACUUGUAUUAUAGUCAGAUUCAGAGUCACCUUCACCCAUGGCAGGAUGAAUGCAUCACUUUCAAUAUAUUCUAUAUUGGUCUGUUUGAGAUAUUUUUAUAGUCCAAGGUUAAUAAUAAACUUCUCAAGAGUUUGGGAAGCCAUGCAAUUCUUCUAACCCUCGAGAGUUAGUAACACGAAAAAGAUAAAAACAUUAAGAUUUCCUCAUCAAGAAAAAGCAACAAUGUCACAAGGAUAGCAGUAAGCUUUGGUAGUCAUUUGUGCGGUAGUUUGUUAGGUUGCUAGAUGCCCUGAACAAGUAUAAUAAAACAAAAGCAUGUACAUGUGCUGGGAAAUCAGGAGUACAGCGCAAUAAGCAGGAGUGGGUUAAUGUUAUGUUUUCAAAUAUUAAUUUCAUUACAAUUUUAUUAGCAAAUUUGAUAUCUUUAUUUGCUAAAUAAAGUUUUAAAGUAUGAAAGUUUUUUUUUUUUGAAAUAUUUGAACGUAGAAAUUCUGCAUUCUAAAUUUUAUUGAACUCUGCCAGAAAUCAAUCGUACACUACAUAAAGUAUUGAUUCUUGUUAACUUUUCUCAAUUGAUUGAUUUAUACUUAAAGAAAGAAAAGGACACACCUCCAAUAGUCCAGAAGAGUGCUCUGGCAGCAAAAGUGUUUGAUGAAUCAGACGAGGUUAGUAUGAAAACAAAAUGUUAAAAUGAUAUAUAGUUAGGUUUUGAUUUGUUUAAGUAUGUUUGACAGUUUCCCCUGUUUUUUUUGUUAUUGCUGUUUACUAAUAAUAUGUGUUUGUUCGCUUCUUUGUGACUUGAUUUUUCUAAUAAAAGGAUAGUAAAUGCCUCUAGAUAAAUAGUAACCACGCCCCUUGGCCAUUUCUGAUUUCAUGUAUUUUUAACAUUAAAAAUUUAUUGAUUAAGAUUCUGAGAACAAAACAAAUAAUGCUCAAUGUAUUAUUUGUUUCACUUUUUAUUUUUUCAGAGUGGAGAUGAAGAAAUGCCUCCUGAAGCAAAGAUGAGAAUGAAGAAUAUAGGAAGGUAAGUACCGGUACUUUAUUUUGUUUAUACAAUUGCAAAUUAUUUAGUUCUAGCUUAGCAGUUUUUGAUACGAGAUUAUAUUGUUUAUUAAAAUAUCAGAUUUUAAGAUUAUUUAACUACAGAUUAGUCCUUGGUACCUAUUUGUCUGUACAAAUUGCUAUUUGUAAUCCGUGAGUAUACGUAUAUAGUUUCAUGACUUAUAAAUGAACUAUUUUUCAAUAUAUUAGUAUAAAUUUUAAGAGAAGAGAGUAAUUACAGUUGUAUUCAAAAUGUCAUCUCAUCAAAAAAAAAAAUUUGAUGGUUGUGCAAAAAUGGUAUAGACCAAGUUAAAAAUGCAAAAUCAGAACACCAAAGUUAUGUUGAUAUGCAUUUUAUUUUAUUAAUAUGUUCACUAUAUUUUUAUCACCCAGCCUGCGGAAACUAAAUCUCUGGCUAGACAUCUUUGAAUUAUUUUUUACAGAGCACCAUUUACAGUAAUGUAAUAUGUUUCAUUUCAGAAAUCGAUCACAUAUUUUUUACCAUCCUAUCAUUUCAGAGAUACCCCAACGGCGUCAGGCCCCAAUUCUUAUGGGAAAGGCAAGCAAGGGUUCAUAGACAGGCACAAGAUUAUUGAGAAGCAGUUAAAGGAAGAGAUGGAAAGGGUAUCGGGAGAUAAUGAAAGACUCUUGAACUUGAAAUGAAAUGUACAAACUUUGAUAUAUGCAUAUUCCCAAUUUCUGUAGAGCCAUAUUUUGUUGCGAGGUGGAUGGAUACUGUUGUUGUUUGGUUUGUUUUGUUUCCUAGCUCAUCUGAUGAUGUGUGAGAGUUGGCUGGGUACGAAUGGAAGGUAUGGUUAACAUGUGUUCACAAUUUAUUCAACUAUUAUUAAAGUAUUCUUUUUUUGUUUUUUUAAAUAUAUUGUUCUUUGUUUAAAUCUUUUUUUAAAUUUUUGAUUCAUCACUCAUGUUAGGAUUCUAUGUAGACUUGCUACGUAUCAGUAUUGUAGGUAAAAUCUAACCUGGUCAACCACUGGUAUAUAACUAAAAUAAAUUUUAUCAACCACUGUUGGCACUGGUAUAUCAUUACAUUACAUGUCCUAAAACUAAAAUAAC